GAGGGAGCUGCUCUCUGUGCCCCGCUUGGAGCAUUUCUCUGCACCUGCAGCUCAGACCCGCGAGCUGUUAUCCCACAGCCCCCUCUUUGGGGCUGCAGCCCGGGUACCCACAGCAUCCCUGGCUUUGCUGCAGGGUUUGUGCUGCCUUCAAGCCCCUCCUGCCAGAAGAACACCUGAUUGUGCAGGCUCCAUACGGGAGUGACUGGAAGAAUGAAGACGGAGUGGGGAAUGGCACUGUCAUGGCCGUGCUGAAUGUCCCAGAGCACCUCCCGACACCACAUCUUGCCUUGCAGUUUGGAGAAGCUCUGUGCAGUGCACGGUGCAGGGAAGUGCCCGAGGGAAGCUGAGUGCUGAGCAUCCCCUCCUCCUGCAGCCGACUCCAAGAUCUCAGCCCAGCGGUGGUGAGCAGCCGACAAAGAAUCGUCUCCACAACCAACGGACUGAAGGAGACUGCUGGUCAGCCCCGGUGGCUCACUCUGAAAUGUGAACAGCAUCUGAAGUUACGUGCCAUCCAACAGCCCCAUUUCAUCAGCGUUUUUGCUCUGUCCCCUUCUCCCAGCCAUGUCAUACCAUAGAGGUCCCAUCUCACACAUAGCAAUAACAGUUUGGGUUCCCUAUUUGGCACGUGCAUCAACGUGUUGCCCUCAGCUUUGCACCCUCAGUUCUGCACAUCCCAAGGAUCCCCCUCUGGGCUCUGUUUCACGUUCUUAAGCACAGAAGCAAGAUCCUCCUGCAUGGCUCCUGGCCCCUUCAGCCGCCCCAACAGCAGCUCCUCCUCCUUCAUCCUUGUGGGCAUCCCCAACCUGGAAGCUUUCCCCAUCUGCCUGGGCAUCCUUUUCUGCUCAGCGUACGUCCUCACCUUGCUAGGAAAUAGCAUGGUUCUGCUCGUCAUCGUGCUGGACAAGUCCCUGCGGGACCCCAUGCACUGCUUCCUGGCCAUGCUGGCCGCCAUCGACGCGGUGAUGGUGACGUCCAUCGUCCCCAAGCUGCUGGGCAUCUUCUGGCUCCAUUCCAACCAGAUCGGUUACACCGCCUGUUUUGUUCAGAUGUUCUUUGUUCACUCCACAACAUCAGAGGAGUCGGGAGUGCUCUUGGCCAUGGCUUUCGACCGCUACGUUGCCAUUUGUCACCCCCUCAGGUACAGGAUGAUCCUGAACCGACGAACAGUUGCCCGGAUAUGCCUGGCCAUCGUGGUGAGAGCGCUACUUUUCAUGCUCCCACUGACAGGGAUGGUGACAAACCUCCCCUGCUGCCGUUCCCUCGUGGUCCCCCAUUCAUACUGCGAGCACAUGGCUGUCACCAGUCUUGCCUGCGCAGACCCCAACCCCAGCAGACUGUACAGCAUGUCGAUGUCCUCUCUCAUAGUAGGGAUGGACACAGCUUUCAUUGCUGUGUCCUACCUGAUGAUCCUGAAAGCCGUCCUGGGCAAGGAAUCGUGCAGGAGGGCCUUCAGCACCUGCGGGUGCCACAUCUGUGUGAUGAUGCUGUACUACAUCCCCGGCCUGGUCUCCAUCUACGUGCAGCAGUUCAGCCACGCUGUGUCUGUGCGUGCACAGGUUCUGCUGGCCGACCUCUACCUCACCCUCCCCGCGAUGCUGAACCCCAUCAUCUACAGCAUGAGGACCAGGCGGAUCCGGAAGGCAAUGCUCAACGUGCUGAUUCCCAGGAAGGCUCACGCCUGUCACAGCACUCAGUGACUUUCCAGGGCUGUUCAUCCACACAAAUACAGCACCCAUUCCAUUCCCAAUGGAUGCACACAGGGAACGGAAACCAUGAGGGGAUGGGGGAGAACUUGUUGGCUUUAAUGACUGUGUGAGACCCUACAGCGUGACAAGAGGUGUUUGGGACCAGGAUCACGAGCAAACGUCAGGCUGCCAUUGCCCUUCCUUCUUACCAGGAGACAGAGGGGUGGCCGCCAGCUUUGGGUUUGGGGAUGUCCUCAGUGCUGUGAACAUCCCUGUGAUCACUUAAAAUGCAACUGCACGUGUAUUUGUGUCAAUAAACAGAUUCUAUUCAAAGUGGGGAAAUUUCUUCUAUGCUGUCUUUUUGACUCAAUGCAAACCUAUCGGUGCUGUCAGCAGGAGGCUGUCAGGCAUUGCAGGGACUGUAGUGUCAGUUCCUGUUAGGAGAUAGGGAUAGAUGAGUGAGAAAUCAUCAUCUGAUCAUUAAGAUCAGAGAGGACCUCCAAGAUCCCAACCCCAACCCAACUGCACCCCACCCCCACAGUACCCACUGACCACAGUGCCACAUCUCCACAG